AUGUCUAGUCUGGUUCCCCUUUUACCUGGCCCUGCUAAGCCAGUGGAGAACCAGCCCACGACAAUUGUGACCAGGACUGACAUCGUCUUGAAGAAGCGACUCCGGCCUGUGUCUGCGGCCUGUGAAGAAUGUCGCAAGCGGAAGUCAAAAGUAUACCUGCUUCUGUUGACAGCACUGCAGCGUAAGUACGCCGAGAUGAGUGGUGACAAGGGUCGCGUUGAUUCCCUCAUUGCGAUGAUACGCGAGAAGCCUGAGGAUAUAGCACAAGCUGUCUUCAGGCGGGUUCGAACAGGAUCGGAUCCAGAGGCUAUCUUGAGCUCAAUUGAGAGCGGGGACAUACUCAUGCAGCUGCACCUGGCCCCUGCAUCUCAAGUCCGCUAUCCAUUCCCACACCGGGAUGCGUUGCCUGGUAUCUUCGCCAAAACAAAGAGUGCAUACAUGGACUCCUUGGCCCUCGAGACACCAUAUUAUGGCUCGGAUUCUGCCCAAACGUUUGAUGCCCGAUUGAUCUCGUAUCUGGAGGCCCCAAAGUACAUGCCAUACCACUCUGCAAAACUAGUCGAGCCAUUGCUAGACGACGCUACCAUCUCUCGCUGGACAAAUGUGUGCACGGAUGAGACUUUGCUACACAGUCUCAUGGAAUCUUACUUCCUAUAUAUCUACUCGGUCUUUCCCUUCUUUCACAAAGAAUGUUUCCUUCGCGAUCUUGGUUCUGGAUCUAGUCGCUUUUGUUCCAGCCUACUUGUCAAUGCUGUGUUAGCUCAUGCUUGUCACGCUACACCCAUGAUUGCGCUCCGCAACGAGCAUUGGAAUCCCCAUACUCUCGGCUAUACAUUCCUGGCCGAGGCCCGGCGUUUAUUGGAACUUGAACCAUUUCGACCCAAGAUCACAACUGUCCAAGCCCAGCUCGUGAUGAACAGUACCGUGAACGACCAUGGUAUUGACGGCGCCUCACAUCAUUAUUUACUCAACGCCGCAUCUCAAGCAAGGAUCAUGGGUUUGUUUGACUCUCCUAGUGAACCCAGUGAACAGAAUGCGGACCAAGAGGUCAAGGUUGUCCGUGAAGUUACAGCCUGGGCUCUUUUCGCUUGGCAAGGAGUCAUUGCUUCCAUGGCCCAAGAGAUACCUCUGCUCAAGUACCCGCCUCAGACGCCCUAUCCAGACCCCGCCCAAUGCCCAUUCUGGUAUGGCGAUAUCUGGGUCCGAUACCCCUCAAGCCGAGAGCCCAUCGCAACCAAGUAUUACCAAACGUUCAAGGCAUACUUGGAGUUCUGGACCAUAUUCAAUGACAUUACCAGCUUAUUGUUUCGUCCUGCCCAAAUCCGGUCACUCUACCUCGGUCAGGCUGUCGAGUUCUAUUCCCGAUUGCGAUCCUGGUUCAAUGGUCUCCCAGAUGACCUACAUCCAGGCAAAAUAGUCCUACCUUUUCAGCUAAGGCUACAUAUCCAAUAUUGGGCUCUUUUGAUGGAUCUCUUCAAGCCCUUUGCGGGCUGGGACGAUCCUACAAAAGUACUUGACCAGACGCCCUCUGAGAUAUUGGCAGCUGCUCGGAGAAACCAAGAGCUUGUGCUUCGCAUUUAUUACUUGCGUCACGGAACCGAGACUCACGACUGUUGGCUCUCUAUGUUCCUUCUCAAGCUUGGUUUUCUUGCCCUUCAAGAAGUGGCCAUUUCGUCAGACAACGACGACUCGCUUGCAACAUUGAUCCUGGCGCUCACAAGCCUCGACAAUCAAGGUAAGUGUUAUUUCAAGGCAGAGUUCGCUCUACGAACCAUCUGUGCACAGAUGCGUUCCCGAGACCUUGAGACCUUCAAGCAGUUUGCAACCUUUCAGGAUCUCGACGUUCCUCAGGCCAUAGAAAGUCGCAUUGGUUUUAUCAAAUCAUACUGGCCUGUAAACAUGUACUUUAACAGACAAGAGCGGAAGAACAUCCGCCAAGUAGCUGCUGAGGCUAUUGGAAUGAACUUGAGGGAUGAUGAGUAG